CAACAGAACCCAGCUGCAGCUUCGCAAAAUCUUCAGUGUUUUAACAACCGAUGUGCACAAACACCACCACCUCUGACGGAGACACACAUCUGCUGCAAGCACCGAGGAGAAGAUGCGCCUCGAUAUGAAUCUCCUGCAGAUUCUUGCUGUGGUCUUCCUGCCACAAGCUUGGGGUCAAAGCAGCAGCAGGCCUGCUGUGGUGGAGGCCAAGAACAUCACCCUCCCUGCAGGCUCCAAGGCCGUCCUGCCCUGCCACAGCCCUCGCAUGGUGUGGACCCAGGACAGGCUGAAGGACCGUCAGAGGGUGGUCCACUGGGACGUCGUCCACAGCAGCCCUGAAUAUUCAGUGGAGCGGGUUUUGGACAUGUCGCCUGGAGCUCGGCAGAGGGUUUACAACGGCUUCAAUAAGGGCCGCGUCUCCAUCCCGGACUCGGCUUUCACCGAUGGAAACUUCUCGCUCGUCAUCAACAAUGUUGUAAACACAGACAAAGGAGUUUAUACUUGCAACUUGCACCACCACUACUGUCAGAUUCACGAGUCCAUUCAGAUCCAGCUCAACGUCACCAAGUCGGCUCGGAAAGAGAAGCGCUACUGGGACGGAGAGAAGACGGUGUUGGUGGUGCUGCUGGGCAGCUCCAUUGUGCUGCCCUGUGUGAACCGCCGGGCCCUCUGGAGAGACGGCCUCCAGGAGGACCAGCAACAGGUGGCGCACUGGGACUUCCAGCCCCCCGGGGUGCGUCCCAACAAGGCUGACCGACUGGUGGACCUCUACGCCUCCGGAGAGCGACGGGAUUACGGGCCUUUGUUUGCCCAGAGCAAGAUGAGCGUGGCGGAGGACGCGUUCACGUACGGCGACUUCUCACUGUCCAUCUCUGACCUGAUGCCUGAGGAUAAAGGCCUCUAUUCCUGCCACCUGCACCACCAUUACUGCGGUCUGCACGAGAGGCGAAUCUUCAGGCUGACCGUGGGACCUUCACUACCGCGUGAACCCACAACGCCUCCGAGAAUCUUCUUGAACGAUGAGCUGGAACCAAAGAUGGAGGAGGUUUCAGAGGACAGCCCCCGUGUGGUAAACGUCUUCCUCCCUGAACAACGGGGUUAUUUCGUGCAGCACCUGGGCUACUUCCUGGCAACCUUCCUGCUACUGGCUUUGAUUGUCAUCGCUGUCAUCGUGUUGACUAGGCGAAGGAAAAAGAGAGGGUUGGAGUAUGAAAUGGGCAGAUCUGUUGGGGGGACUAUAAUCAGUGAAGGUGAGAUGACAUUAGACUGCACAGAGAUGAGGACUUACAACCAAGACACCUUGAAUUCAGAAUUCAAAAACAACCUACUGAAAGAAAGAGAUAUGGUGAAAGAGUGCAAUAAGGAAUUCGAUGGGAAGAUGUGGAAGUGAGCGAGGCAUUUCUAAGAUGCUGCUGGCAGGUCCAGGGCAAACACCGGCGGCGCAAAGAACGACGGAGAGAAAGAAGGAAAAAUAAAUAAUAAUGUUCACAGGAAAUCCAGGAGAAAACACAGGAGGAUUACUCCCUCUGCUGUAACAAGAGCAAACAAAGCUUUUCCACUUUUAAAGGCUUUACUCUUUCUUUUUUACCCCUUUUUUUCUUCUGCAUGUACAGCUUGCAUUUUGAUCAACAAAACUACAUAAUUAGUUAUAUUUUGUCCACAUUUGUUUAUUUCAGUUAUUUUUGUUUAAAAGCAUUCAGUUUGUUGCAAUAUGUGCCAUGCAUGCUACAGAUCACUCUUUUUUUAUUUUCUAAUUUUUUUUACUUUCAAUCUUUUACAGAAAUUCACUUAUACUGUAAUAUGUAAACUAUACAAUACAAUGCAAUUCAGUCUUGUUUAUAAAGCACGUUAAAAUAACACUAUUGGGAAAAGUGCUGUACACCAAAACAAAUAAAACGGACAUAAAAACAAACCAACAAUUAAAACAUCAAAGCUGAUACCUCAACUUUAUGAUUGAGGCACAUGUAUAAGUGAUAUGGGCAGAAUGGUUCUCAGCCCAGGGUGGUAUCUAGUUGGGAGUUUUUAAUGCUUAUUUGCUUGUCCAGUCCACUGGGGAGUGAGCGCCCCCCAGUGUUGGGAAGGCAAAAAACGUUCACCUCCAGAAGCCUAAGUCGACCACAGCACAUAUUUCUUCCAAAUGACGAAGUUUACUUUAUUUAAUGUGCUGAUCUAGCUUCACAUCUGACUCUUUUGGUUGUUAUAAUUCACAAAUAUGUCCAGGAUCAGGGUGAGUUAGCUCAGUUCUGACUCCGACAUGGCAAUGUUUUGAGAUUGAGCUGCAGAUUAUAGCCUGCAAACUCAUUUUGUGGAAGGUAAAAUAUAUUAGCUGCUAAAACUUGGAGGUUAUUGGGAAGUUGCAGUUCAUGACUGAUAAGGUAAGCGAUAAAAAGUCAUAUUUAACGUCAUACAGCCCGUUUAAUAAUGCAAAUGUCGUAAAGAUUCCUCACAAAUAUUUCCGAAUUAGCACCACAAAAUCUGUGAUUUUGAUUUCAAAAUAACAAAAAAGCAAUCAGAAAAUAGUAAAGGAACAGCUAAUUAUUAAUAUUUUAACAGUUUAAUGGGAUUUAUCAAUACAUUCUGGCACAAAUAUUUAACUUCAAUUUCAACAUGAAGUUUGUAGAGGAGGGUUUGUGUGCACAUGGCGAAGCUCAUCCAGGUAUUUCUAUUUCAUUUAAUGAACAAAUAAAAAACCCAAACUUAUUUUCUUCCAACUUCCAAUUUAAAAGUGUUUCCUUAAAAGAAAAGUUCAUUUAUUUCCAACUAACGGUGAUCCGAACUGAGGGCUCAGUCAGUGGAAACUCAGGAAAUAUCUGAAUAUCACAGUAAAAGAUUAAAUUGGGGACUUGAAGAUGUCAUGACCUGGUUAGUACAUCACUGAUUUUAUUAAGGUAACCUGCAUGUCAAGCUUACAUUUACUAUGAACUGUGUAGCUUCUGUCAGGUUUUUGUGUGUGUUAUUGUAAAUCACAAGCGAUAGCCCAGUCUGUCAAUUAUUUCAGUGCCUGUUUCUCUGAAAUAAAGAUUUUUUCUCAUUACAAUUA